UGGUGAGUGUAGUGGUGAGGAGUGGUGAGUGUAGUAGUAGGAGUGGUGAGUGUAGUAGUGAGGAGUAGUGGUGAGGAAUGGCGAGUUACUGGUUCCACAGGAACCCCUUCAAGUGGACUGCGCCCGUGGCGUUUGACUACAGCUGGGCCGUGACGCACAAAGACGCCCAUUCGCUGUGCAGGUCUCUCCGUGAGGGUCGUGGACUUCUGUUGAAGUCUCUUGUGGCUACGGACGUCACCGAGGAAAAGAUGACGGAGAUCUUCACUCACUACGUGUCUCUCCUGCUGGGUUUUAUUUCUGCUCCAGAAGCUUUGGGGACGGAAUCUAAACUCCGUUUCCUGCAGAAGUUCAGCUGGAACAGCUCCAUCACUGCUACAACCUGGACACAACAGGAUGCUCUGUAUGAAAUCUGCUGCGUCGUUCACAACCAUGCAAACUGGCUCAGCCGAUCACCUGCUCGGAUUUCUAAUGCUGAGCUCACGAUGGAAGAUGCAAAGCAAAUUCACUGCAGCCUCAAACUCUCCUCGGGAUACUACAAAUUGAUUCAGGAAGAACUAGUCCCACGCCUAGUCACAUCUCCUGAGAGAGGAUCUGACUUACACCCUGACACGCUGUUGGCGAGCCGCCUGCAAGUACGAGCAGAGGCUCAAGAAGUGACGGUUGCACGUGCUCUGGAGUUGGGACACGCUCCCGGCCUACUCACAGGGCUUUGCAAGGACACGGCGGCCAUUUUCAAAAUGGCGGAUGAUUCGUUGGCUAAAGUGAAGUUGGAAUCCUUCACCAAGUGGAGGAAUUACCUCCAGCUCAAGGAGAAAUUCUAUCUGGCAUACGCACGAGUGUCCCAGGCCAAGGAGCUGUUGGCUUGUGAUCGUUGUGGUGACUCCAUCAGCUCGCUGCAGCACGCACAGAAAUACUACCAGGAGGCUGAGCGUCUAAGUAAGUCUCACGGACGAGCACGUGGGACAGGGGCUGUCCUUCUGAGCUGCUCACUGUACGACUUCUUCACUCGCCUUGGGAGAGACAUUGACACAGCACUGCAGAAGAGCUUACGGGAGAACGGAUUCAUCUACUUCCACAAGGUCCCAGAUUCCCCUCCUGACCUGGACUCCCCGGCGACUUUUGGCUGCGUGGAGCCGCCUGAGGUGGAGCUGCCCCCUGCCAGCGACUCGUGGAGCGUGGAAGCUUACACAGGGUUCGAUCUCACCAAGACUGGAGCCUUGGUUAAAGAGAAGGAGCAAGAGGUGAAGAUUCUCAAGGAGCCGGAUCUCAAACCAAACAAGGAGGCUCGCUGCUCCAUUGCCUGAACCUCUCUGGAACACUCUGGACUGGUCUGGACUGGUCUGGACCGGUCUGGACCGGUCUGGACCUGUCUGAACCGGUCUGGACCUGUCUGGACCUGUCUGAACCGGUCUGGACCUGUCUGAACCAGUCUGGACCUGUCUGAACCAGUCUGGACCUGUCUGAACCUGUCUGGACUGGUCUGGACCUGUCUGAACCGGCCUGGAUCUGUCCGAACCGGUCUGAACUGGUCUGGACCUGUCUGAGCCGGUCUGGAGCUGUCUGAACCGACCUGGAUCUGUCCGAACCGGUCUGGAACUGUCUGAACCGGUCUGGAGCUGUCUGCACCGUCCUGGACCUGUAUGAACCGGUCUGAACUGGUCUGGACCUGUUUGAACCAGUCUGGAGCUGUCUGAACCUGUCUGGACCUGUCUGGACCUGUCUGAACCGGCCUGGACCUGGCUGAACCGGUUUGGACCUGUCUGAACUGGUCUGGAGCUGUCUGAACCGGUCUGGACCUGUCUGAACCGGCCUGGAUCUGUCCGAACCGGUCUGAAAUGGUCUGGACCAGUCUGGACCGGUCGGGACCUGUCUGGACCUGUCUGGACCUGUCUGGACCUGUCUGGACCUGUCUGGACCUGUCUGGACCGCUCUGGACCUGUCUGAACUGGUCUGGACCUGUCUGAACCGGCCUGGACCUGUCUGAACCGGCCUGGACCUGUCUGAACCGGCCUGGACCUGUCUGAACCGGCCUGGACCUGUCUGAACCGGCCUGGACCUGUAUGAACCGGUCUGAACUGGUCUGGACCUGUUUGAACCAGUCUGGAGCUGUCUGAACCUGUCUGGACCUGUCUGAACCGGCCUGGACCUGUCUGAACCGGCCUGGACCUGUCUGAACCGGCCUGGACCUGUCUGAACCGGCCUGGACCUGUAUGAACCGGUCUGAACUGGUCUGGACCUGUUUGAACCAGUCUGGAGCUGUCUGAACCUGUCUGGACCUGUCUGAACCGGCCUGGACCUGUCUGAACCGGCCUGGACCUGUCUGAACCGGCCUGGACCUGUCUGAACUGGUCUGAACUGGUCUGGACCUGUCUGAACCGGCCUGGAGCUGUCUGAACCGGCCUGAACCAAUCUUAACCAGAUUGAUCCAGUCAUAACCUAUCCGUACGUCUGUGAACCGGUCCGGCUUGAACCCCUCUGAACCGCUCUGAACCGCUCUGAACCCAUUUAAAGUGGUUCAAACAAAAUACAGAACAGCUUGAAAUCGGUUCAAACGGGAACACAGAACCGGUUGAAACCGGUUCAAUCGAGAACGCUGAACCGGUUCAAGCCAGGCGGGUUUAAACCGGUUUAAACCUGAACUAAGCUGCUUUUGCACCGCUUUUAAUACCUAAAUAUACAAGAAUACAGCCUUUAAUUUAGUUUACUUUGCAAAUACGUGAAUAUAUAAACAUAGGGCCUUUAAUUUAGUUUACUUUGCAAAUACGUGGAUAU